GAGAUGCGGAAGUUGGAAAGUUCUUUUCUGCUUAUUCGCUCUCCCUUGUCGUUGGAUUGAGCAGCGGGUUGGCUGAGUUGCUGGGGAGCGUGAGAGCGGAGGAAGUCUGAUCCCACCGGCUCGCCGUCGAAAGCGUGGCGGCCAUCUUGUGCGGGAGGCGAUCGGUAGCGAAGGACGGAGGCGGCUGCGCUUUCCCACUUCCUGCCGUCUCCUUCUCUAGCAGCUGGUGCUGGGGUGCUAUGUCCGCCGAGAGCCCGGAGCCCGCCUCGGCCGAGGAGCAGAAGGAAAUGGAAGAUAAGGUGAUCAGUCCAGAAAAAGUUGAAGAAGCAAAAUUGAAAGCAAGAUACCCUCAUCUAGGCCAAAAGCCUGGGGGUUCAGAUUUCUUGAGGAAGAGGCUUCAGAAAGGACAAAAAUACUUUGAUUCUGGGGAUUACAACAUGGCUAAAGCAAAAAUGAAGAACAAGCAACUCCCUACCGCAGCUCCUGACAAGACAGAAGUGACUGGCGAUCACAUUCCCACUCCACAGGACCUUCCUCAGCGGAAACCAUCUCUUGUUGCUAGCAAGCUGGCUGGCUGACUAGAAUGGCUGAACUGCAUGAAUCUUCUCAUUCCCGUUUUCUCCUGAAUAGUUAUUCCUCACUUUUUUUUUUUCUUCCCCCUCCCCCUUACACUAAGUCAUUGAGACUGACAGCUUUGCAGGUAGUGGUAGCGUGUGCUGCUAUUGUAAGGGAGUACUGUUGAGAGUAAAAUGUGUAGUACUUGGACUAGUUGAGAACAAUGCACUGAUAAAAAGGACAGGUUUGGUUAGAGCAAUGUAAAGUAAUUUACUUGAAAAUGUACAUAUUGCCUAUUUCCUAGUGUAGGACUGGUUUCAGCAAGUGACAAUAGCAAGUUUUUACAAUUUUUAAUGUUUCUGCUUUCCUUAUUUCACCUUAAUUGCAACAUAGUAUGUUUGUAUUUAAUAUAUCUACCUGUUGUGUUGCUUUUUCUUCUGUGUUUGAUUUCUGUUUUGUUCUCUAAAAUAGAGGUUUAGACCACAAGUUGCUAGAAGGUAAAGCAUGUAUAAAAACAAUACCAGGGCUCUGAAUGAAUUUGUGCAUCUGCUCUUGAACUUGAAUGGCCUUAAACCUGUUUCAGCUUUAACAAUAGACUUUUACUUGGGCAAUAUUUGCCCAUUCUCAUGUAACUCUUGUGAACCUAGUGCUUAUUUACAACUGCCUGUUGAAGCUGGUAUUAUUUUCAGUUCUGUAGUGUAGAACACACUUUUGUUGAAGAUGUGAAUGAAGUGUGCAUGUGCAUAGACUGUUGAAUUCACUCUUGUGCCAUUUUUGUAAAUACAAUAGUUUUGCACAACCUUUUGCAAUUGUCUAUUAAUUUUACAUUUUAAAAAGCAGACUGUGCCAGCCAGAAGCACAAAUGAUUCUGUACCUUUGAAAGUCUCAGCCUGAAACUGUGCGCUCAGAAUCUUGCUGCUGAACGUAACAAACUUGUAUACCCAGGAUUCAUGAAACACUUAAUAUAGACACUUGAUUGAGUUGGUCUUAACCUUAUGCUUUUGCAGCUGUAUUUUUUUUUGUGUGUAACAACCUCCAAUGUUCAUAUAUGGUCAUCUGAAUUAUGUACCUAUGGGCAUUUGAAGGCAGGUGUCCAUUCUGUUCAGUAUCUUUUAAAUCUAUAGUUUUUAAAGUUGAAAUGCUUUGUGGGAUAUUUGGAAUUAGAGAAAUAAAUGUAUGAAAACUUAUACUGUCCUUGAGGGGUUCCCCUGAUGACAGCCUUCAGAACUACUAGGGGUUACUAAGAAAUUAGACAGGUAUUAAUGCAUUUGGAAUAUUUAACAUUUUUAAUUGAAAGGAUUUGAAAUCUUGUUUUGCUGAACUCUUAAGGUGGCGAUAUAAUAUAUAGACUUAUUGAUGGGACAUCUUAGUUCUUUGUGUUGCUCAACAAACCCUAACUGGUUUUGAUCAACACCAAGAAUAGAAACUUGUAUUAUACAUGUGAUCUGUUGAUUAACACAAGAUGUGUCUAUUGAUAGAUAAUAUUGUAGUUAGACAUUUCAGUAAAUAAGGAUAAAUUUCACUUUCUAUGUAGACAAUGCAGGUCAUAUGGGGACCUAAAUUGCUAGAUACAGCAGGUAACACUUAGAAGCUACCAAAAUAUAAAUGUAAUUACAUAUCAGAAAACUAACUGAGCAUGGGAACAAUAUGAAUCAGAACUUGCUCUUUUAGCUGGAUCAGGUAUUAGUUAAUGAAGUGCUUGCUCUAUAAUGCUUACUAAAAACCAAUUAACAACAAGGCUAUACGUUCCUCUUUUGAAAGGAGGAGUUCAGAAUUGUUCCUUCCCCUCUCCAAAAAAAUCACCUCUCCAAGAAGACAAGAGUCUUGGGUAGCUUGCUUUUGUCAUUCACUUUUUAAAGGAAAACUGCAACACAAUUCCUUUGUGUAAACCCAGCCCCAUCACAAGCAUUCAUGAAAGACUAUUCUAAUUACAAUGUGCAUUUAAAAAAUCUUCUGUAUUGUAAUCAUCCCAAAAAAAAGCUUGUGGGGGAAAUGACCAUUGAAGAAAAAUUAGACUAAUCUUUCUUCUUUUCAAUGCCCCAUCCCAAAGACAACUAAAAGGUCAGAAAACAAGGAAAAACUUAGUUAAGCUUAACUCAGACCUAUUUGACCAUGCACUAUGGCCAAAGGGUCUGAUCGUUUCCAUAGGCACCGAGCACUUGUAGCUCUCAUUGACUUCACCCAUUUUGAAAAUUCUGGUCUCUCCUCAUAAAAGAUGUAGCGGUAGAUAUGUUAAUUAUGUGUAUGGUAGGUUUAGAUAACUGUAAGGGUAUUGGUGCAGGUUUAAUUUGCAUAAUCUUGUCAGUUUAUUUGACCUUCCCCCAUUGUGGUCAAAGGAGGACACUCAUCCCAGAGAAUUUCCAAAUCACACAGAAAUCUGUUCCGUCUUACGUGUCUUUUAUAGGUCUUUUUGCUAGUAAUUCAUAAAGGAUAUGCUAAUUACAGUCCACUUUUUCCUUAUCUUCCAUUAAGAUUAUAACAGAUUUGUGAAUAUUUUUCAUGGGAACAGACUGAAUAAACAGUAAAAUUGAUACCCUGUUUCCAUAAGUAAAAAGUUAAUCUGGGAAAGGAGAACAGUCUUAUCAUAUCAUAAGUGUAUACCACAAUAGCAAGGAAAUAUAUCUAUCUAUAUAUAGAAGUAAACUGCUUUUUAUAGAUGUCUGUCCUAAUGUGAAAAUCCUUCCUUAUUUUUGUAUGUAUGACUGAAAGCAAAUGAAAAAUUAGACCUACUGAUAGGAUUUAAGAUUUGGUCUGAAACAAGAUUCUAACAAUUGAAAGUGACUCAAUGUUCAUUGUCAGUGACGCUACACAGUAAUUC